CUGCUGAUUUUGUGAAAUGGCGCCCCGGAUGGCCAAAAUCCACUCCGAGAGGGAAAAAUGAAAGAAAACUUUCAAAAAAAAUAUCAGUCACUGCUCACACGGAGCACCAUGUUUCAUCCUUGCUGCUUACACCCUCAUUUUUUCUGACAUCCUUUCUCUCUUCUUCUUCUUCUCGCCCAUCGUCACAAUCACCUCUUUCCAAGGCGAGGUGCAACACACACUGGGGUUGAGAUCUUGCUGUCAGUUCCACAGGGAGAGGAGUUUUGCUCUCUGUGGCAGUUUGAGACCUUUGAUUGUCACUGUUAGUCGUUGGAUUAUUGUUAUUUGGAUAGUGGGCUACGUUUCCAUGUCGUUAGUCUAGUGGUGUGUCGUAUUCGGGGCACAUGGAGUGGUACCUAAUGCGAAUUCCUUAAAUCAUGCGUUUGGUAGGAUUAUUGUGCAUGGUACAUUUCUUGUGAUAUUGACAAUGGGCAUCCAUUUGGCAUUGAGAUUCUAGAGGGGAGUUGUUUUGUGUGUAUGUGUGUGUGCGCGCAGAUCUCUAUAGAGAGGUUAUAAGUUGGAUUGCCUAAGCAUAGAGUCGUGGUUGUGUUUUUAGAGUAGGUGGUGUUGGGAAUUUAUUGCUUUUCGCGAUUUUGCAGCUGAACCUGAUGUUUCACUGGUUCAGGCUGGCUCCAUCUUUAGCUUCUAGGACGGUGCUGAUUUUGAUCCACAUUUUGGAGUGGUAUUUGGAGGUCAUGGCUGGAAUUUGACGGAUCUCGAGAGGCUUUAGCAUUGAAAGAGGGGCCAUAGAAGGCUGAUAAAUCGCGGCCGUGGAAGGAAAGGGGAGGAAAGAUGGCAGGCGAGAGCCUGAGGUGGUGGGUAGGUAUCCUGCUUUUUGUGGGAGCCAUUGUAAGCACACAGAGUAUGCAAGAUGAAUGUGCUGUUGAGAUUUACGAAAAGAUAUUCAAGCCGGCUUUAGGUCAAAUCAAGAAUCCAUAUGUCCUCGUGGAAUUUUUUGCGUCUUGGAGUCCGCCGAGUAAGGAAUUCAAGCCUCAUUACGAUCGUGUGGCGUGUAUGUUUAACGAGCCAGACCCAGUUCAUGCGAAUGAGGUGUUUGUUACAAAAGUUGAUUGCGCACUAGAGUCUAAUAAGAUGCUCUGCGCGCGAUUUGAUAUUCAAUCGUACCCAACUUUGUACUGGGGUCCUUCAGAAGUUGUGGCAUCUGGGAGUGCGUUCUCUAAAGAAGAUUCGGGACUGCAGUCAGUUAGUGGCAGUGCUGUGAGCACUGCUGAAGAUUUGCUUCAGUGGAUAAACAAGCGGCUUAAUAAAAAGUACUCUCUGACGGACGCAAAGCCGGAACCCGAAAUCCACAAACCCAUUCUAGAAAUGAAGCAAUCUCCAGGCGUUUAUGGCAUUUGGAAGAAUCCUGCAACACUUCAUGAUGUGGAAGAAGCAACCGCGCAAGCUUUUUCAUAUAUGAUGGAUGAGAAGAUGAUGCGGUCAUCCAGUCGCGGCUCUUUUAUCCAAUUUAUGCAUCUUUUGGAAAGACAUCAUCCAUCAGAGAGGUGCCGGAAAGGAAGCGCGAAGAUUCUGCAGAACUUGGUUGAGUUUUGGCCCCUUCGCCAACCCCCUAGGAGUGUGUUGAAGAAGCAACAGUUGUGCGGUCCAGGCUUACCUCGUGGCUUCUGGGAUAGCUGCGAUGGCGUAGGUCGUGGUUACAGCUGUGGAUUAUGGAUGUUAUUUCAUUCCUUGACGGUGCGAGUGGAGGACUUUGAAGGUAGCUUUGCUCUCACAGCAAUAGAAGCAUUUGUUGACGACUUCUAUAAAUGCGAUCACUGUCGUAAUCAAUUUCGAAAUAUGACGUCAAGAAUAACUCAUGAGUCAACAUCCACAAAGAAAGACGUCGUCCUAUGGCUAUGGAGAACUCAUAACAAGGUCACUGAGCUUGUUGCACGAGAGGAAUCCAGAGUGAAAGGGCACUCUCCCAGGAAGUUGUGGCCACCUGAAAACGAGUGUCCUCCAUGCCGAGACAUCCCCAACGGUGAUUCUGAGUGGGAUGAGGAGGCUGUGUACUAUUUUUUGUUGGAAUUUUACGGACUCAAGGGUGCUGAACUGCAAUAUCGUUAUUCAAAAGUGGUGACGAGUGAGAAAUCAGUGGUGGUGCCUUAUUGGGCUGCUGUGAGCAUUGGCUUGGCUAGCUUGGGAUGCGCAAUGGCAACAUGCUACUCGCGCGUACACAAGCUUAAAUUCAAUGCACAUCAACAUUAAAAGACAUAUUUUAGACCUGCCAAACCAAAUUUUUGUGUCUGGAACCAUCCCACAGUAUCAAGCACUGCUUGUGUCACAGAUUGGCAAAAGGGAGCUGAUUUACACUGUUAGGACCUGGACCGAAUCAGAAGGAACCGCAGUUGGGGUGAAUUUGGAGGGCAUCUUGUGAAAUGGUGAUCAAACAGAAUGCUGGGAAUUUAAAUUUCUGCUGUAAAACAUAAAAGAGAAAUAAAAGAGGCGCUCGAAAGGUAUUGAAAUAGAUUUCUCCUUUUUGUGUCUCCAGGUCUUUAUCACGACGGUUCUGAGGGCAUGUUUCUAUCAUAGACAUCCGGCAUCUAGCGAGAGCAUUUUAUUUGAAGGUGGUCCAACGGACUGCUCCUACCUGGCAUCAUUUACAUAAAAGUAUGUUUGGUAGGACUUCAGUUUGACCAGCUAUCUGGUAUUCGAGUUAUUUAUUGUAGCCUUAGUGGUUGACAUAAAAAGAUAGUUUUGACUCUGAAAUUUGAUGAGUGAAAAAUUGUUUCUGCUGCAUAUAGCAAUGGUUGUCAUUCACUUCA